GACACGACAGUAACAGAUACCGUCACCUUCUCUCAAGCAGCAGCCACCGCCUGCCCACGUUGGACUGUAUCUGCUUCUCGCUACGCGCGUACUACAACCGAGCAUCGUGUAACGUUCGUGGCCAGGGACGCGUGGAGUGGCAAAGCUGGAGCUGUCAGCGAGCAAGCCCACGCUGCAGCAAACGGAAAUCUUACAUCAUCGAGUUGGGUGGAGGUUAGGAGAGCGGACACACCCUCCACAGCAGCAGCAGCUAUGCCGCGAUCACAGCGAAACCAGAAGGUUUCUCUGACGAAAACUUCCAAGAAGGGCUGGGAGAUGAAGCAGAGUAUCGUUAGCGAGGUGCGGAAAUGCGUCGAUGAGUACCCCAGCGUUUACGUGUUCUCGUUCGUGAACUUGAGGAGCAAGCUCUUGAAGGAGGUCCGCCUGGACUUCAGGGAGGACAGCCGCUUCUUCAUGGGCAAGAACAAGGUCAUGAUACUGGCGCUGGGGAAGUCGGAGCAGGACGAGUACCAGGACAACUUGAGACAAGUCAGCAAGCGGUUGAAAGGACAGGUGGGGCUGCUCUUCACAAGAAGGCCAACGGAGGAGGUCAAGACCUACUUCAAAGCCCUCGCGGUCGCUGACCACGCGCCGCCCGGUUUCGUUCACGACGCGACUAUCCCGCUCCCUACGGGAUCGCUAGGAGAUUGGCCUGUGUCUAUGAUGGAGCAGUUCCGAAAGCUUGGGGUGGUGGUGGAAGUGGAGGAGGGGGUGCUGGUGAACCGGAAGGCGAUAAACAUGUGCACCGCGGGAGAGCCCAUCUCGCCCGAGGGGGCUAAGCUCUUGGCCUUGUACGACAAGAAGAUCGCCACGUUUACGAUGUCGCUCUUGUGCCGGUGGAGCGAGGGGGAGUUUGAGGCGUUGGCGGAGGGAACGGACGACGCUAUGGUCACCGAGUAGUUUCGAACAAUCGUAGCAAAAGCACGGAGCUCUCGCUCCCCCUAGACAUGAGGACACUUGUCUUGUGUUUGGCUCUGAACGUUUGUUGUGUAUUUCGUUCUGUGUUGAAGGAUUUGUUGUUUAUCGGUAGGGAAGGUUUUGGCAUGCACAUGGUGUCGGCGGUUUUUGUGGACGACUGGCUUAGUUCCACAAACGCAGAGAUGUUCAGCAAAGAUGAUAGUGUUGUGUUUUUGUUUAUAUUCAAAUGUACGACCUGCCCUUGGUGAGGAGCGCGACAUGUACUGUAGUGGCAAGAAGUGCGAUCAGAUGCACCGUAACAGCGAACGCAUGACUUGAGGAGUAUACAGUAUCGUGUACACCUCUUCGACUGUUAUUUUGGGCGGCAUGCUAGAAGAAUCGCUCGGCUGCUUUUGCUGCAGCUGAGCUGCUAGAGCAUGCACACCCCAGCGUUUUUUUGGCCUGACCCUUCUUGGCCAAAAUCAAUGAAAAUCAACAAUGUCAAGGAUCUCAUUUG